GUCCACUCCCAUUUAUUCUUUCUCAAUCAAUACCCUCAAAAAUCACUCUCUUUCUCUUUUGGUGGAAUUUUUCAAGAAUGCAAAGCCUAGCGCUCUCUUCUGAGAGCAGCUUUUUGCUUAGGUCUUCUGCUACUUUCCCACUUUCUUUUGCUUUCCCUAAUUUCUCCUCUGCUAACUCCCCUCUAAUUGCCAUUCCCAGGUUUUCUAGGCGGCAUUCCCUUAGCGUACAUCAUGGAUGGUUUGAGGACUUGUCCAAGGUGGCCAGGACUAGGAAUUACAAAAACUGCUACAUUGCAAGGUCAGCUUGUCAUUCCAAAGAAUGCAGUAGUUCAAACAGAUCAGCGUUGUCGAAGAGGAAAAACGAAAACACUUCUGUUCUUCAAGUUUUAGACAUGCCACAGAUCAAUUAUCUGAAAUCUGUUCUCAUUUCUGGGCUUUUCACUCUUCUGUUCACACAACAAGCAAGUGCUGCUUCAGAGGUUGCUACUGGCUUGCAGCAGUUUCCUUUCUUUGGGGACCUCGGAGAUUUAAGCACAGGUUUUGCUUCAGCAUUCUUGUUGAUAUUUUUCUCAGAGCUUGGGGACAAAACCUUCUUUAUUGCUGCUCUUUUAGCAGCUAGGAACUCUGCUGCCGUCACUUUUUUGGGGACUUUUGGUGCACUUGGGGUAAUGACGAUCAUAUCAGUGGUUCUCGGACGAACUUUCCACUAUGUCGAUGACGUUCUUCCUUUCAGAUUUGGUGAAAAUGAUUUGCCAGUGGAUGAUAUUGCUGCAGUUUGCCUUCUGGUGUAUUUUGGAGUGUCAACCUUGCUUGAUGCCUCCUCCAGCGAUGGCAUGAAAGCGGAAGAGGAACAGAAAGAGGCGGAGUUGGCAGUUUCUGAAUUUUCAGGAAAUGGUGCUGGAAUAUUGGCUGCUGCAAACACUAUAGUUAGCACAUUUGCGUUGGUCUUUGUUGCUGAGUGGGGUGACAAAUCAUUUUUCUCUACAAUAGCUCUUGCUGCUGCAUCUUCACCUCUUGGAGUAAUUGGAGGCGCAUUAGCCGGUCAUGGAGUUGCAACUUUGUUGGCUGUUCUAGGAGGUUCAUUACUGGGGUCAUUCUUGUCUGAGAAGGCCAUUGCAUACAUAGGUGGUACACUCUUCCUAGUAUUUGCAGCAGUAACAGUUAUUGAGAUAGUGAGUUGAAACUACAAUUGUUUCAUACUGUAUUUUUUUUUUUCUAGCAAAAUUGUACUUGUUAUUUAGACCUGAUUUUAUUAUUUCCAUAGCCACAACCAGGUGGAGAAAUCUUGAAAAUCAGAGCAUUCUAGCUAGGAUAAUUGUUUGAUAACUUGUGUUUCUUUGUCCAAAAGAAGAAACUAACAUUUCUUUAUUA